CACCCAAUUUGAUUCAAAUCUCAGUACAUCAGACAAAUAUUAGAACAACUCGAAGUACCAACGGAACAGGGAGGACGAAACUACCAUCCAACGGAACAAGCUCGAAACGACGAGGGAAAGAAAGCACGAAAAGGAGAUCCGCAAAUCCAACAGAAUCUAGAUGGCCUUGUGCUCGAGGCAUCAUAUCGUUCUGGGGCGGCAAGCCGACACAAGCACGAAAGAUGUUCGCAGACGUUGUAGGUCCAGAUGGUGUUGCGACCGCCCAUGAAGAUCUCGGGGACGUACUCGUCGAGGGCACGCUUGGAAUCGCCGACCGCGGGACAGUACUUGAUGACGACGAUGGGGUCGGGACGCUCGCCCUUCUUGUAGAGGCGACCGAUGGGAUCGCGACCGUUGUGCUAUUCGACUGAUUGCGUGGGGAUGGACUCGAUUUGGAUCGCGACGUUGACGCCUUGGAUGGUUUCGGUGAUCGUGUCGUGCGGGCCGGGGUCGGUGCUUUUGGCAGCAGCGGCGGCAAGGGCGGCUUCCCGGUUUCUGUUACGUUGUGCUUUCUUCGGGCCAAUACGUUUCCUCACUUUCUUCGGCCCUGUCCCGCUUUUGGCGGCUAUUCGCAGUUCCUUUUCACGGUUCGCUCGUUCGUGGCGGACCGUGACUUCUUUGCGCACCUCUUUCCGAAAGCCGGAACUUGGCAGGUUUCGAGCCAAAGACUUCAACCUCCUCAUUCUCAUGCGUGCCAACUCCUCAGACCCUUCUCGGCUGAUCCAAUAUCUUUCCUUCUUGCUUCGGAAACCCGGAUCGAAACCAUCUCCCGGGCCUGCUCAACUUCAUCGCUUUCUCUCUCGCUCGUAAUCUCUGUCGCAACCUCUUUGUCCGCAGGUUGAUGGAGCCAGGUUAUGAUGUUGUGAUGUUCGUCGGGCGCCAAAUACUGAUAGGCGUGAGAUUCGGUCAUUUCGAUGGAGGUUUGAAGAGGUUUGAAAAUGUUUGAGGUGUGGAAAGGAAAUGGAAUGGGA